GACAAACCUCUCAACCAUAUCUCUAGCAAACUUAACAAGGCCUCUUCCCGCGCUGAUGGGGAAGACGUACUGUUCUCGAUGCAACCGGGAUUUCCCCUCGCCACGGGCAUUACAACAGCACCUUGAUGAUGCCUCUAAUCAUUAUCGCUGCGAAGUUUGUGGGUAUGAUGCUUCGACCUGGGAUAAAUGGCUUAAACACCACCUGAAGACAAAGCACCGAGUUGUGUGCCAGGGCUGUAACGAUGGAGAAGGAUCGACCUGGGUUGCUGGGUCGCAGGAGUACCUCGCUCAUUUGGAAGAAGAGAACGUUUGUCGGACCUGCGAGGAGCAUUUCCAAAACCCGAGCAAUCUCAAUCACCAUAAAAUGGUGCACCUAGACCUAUCGAUAGAAUGCUAUGGUUGCUACCGGAAAUUCACCACCUAUCCUGCGAUGAUCUUACACUUGGAGUCCGGUACAUGCCCCUCUAACAUUGACAUCAUCGAGUUGAACGAGUCUGCUGCCAUGUGUUAUCAAUGGGGCGCAUAUGUUGAUAGAGAUUUCCGGACCGAACUACUUAAUCGCGAUGAUCUACAAUCGGAGUAUAGUGGGCCGGUGUAUCCAUUCAGGUGUCCCGUAUGCGACGUAGGAUUCACGAAAUUGUCGGGUCUAUUCCAACACGUAUACAGCAAGUCGUGCGAUCAGGGUCUGUACGAUGGCACGAUGGCCAAGUUGAUCAAAUGGUUGGGAAAUCGGCACGAUAUUGACGAAGAUCAGUAGGAUUGCGACAGUGAAUGUAAUACUUGUUCGAUUACAGGUGAAGUGAAAUCUCGAUAUAAUGGCCCAGCAAGUCGUGG